CCUGGUGAAAUAAUACAAUUGUUGAUUGUGUCAACAUAACCCAAAACAUUAAAUUAAAUUAGGGGUUUAAGGCAUACCCUAUAUUUGACUACUUAAUUACGUCACAAUAUUAUCUACUCCAGAGCCAGUAAGAAUACAGGAAGUCAACUGUUACUGUAAAGGUUAAAUAGAGCCACAUAUAGAACCAUCUCCAAGAUGAAGCCUCCUACCCAGCAACAUGAAACAACAAAGAUAAUAUCCAAAUAAUGAUACUGUAUCGCAGGUCUCCAUAGAGAACAUAUUGGACAAUAUUGAAGAUGAAAAUGAAGAUUAGCCGUAGUCCAGCAAUCGCCUAGUUUUAGAUUAAAUCUGCUGUAGAGUCCACCAUUUACACAAGCACACGCAACGUAACAUGCAAGCCAAGGGGGGCCAUUGUAUAAUUUCCUACUAACGAAGAAACCGGAAGUGUGAUUGUUUUGUAGAAGGUGUUAUGGCGACGCCAGUGGAGGGAAUUUCAAAAGUGAGCAGAUCCUGAUAAAUAGAGUUAAUCUAUCCUCAUGUAUUAACAGUGAAAACUACAAGAAACGCGUGAGCUCAGCUGUCAUUCGGGGCGCUUCCUCAUAACAGUAAGCGGAGAAUAAACGACAUGAUUGAAUUUGCAUAGCUUUAGUUAACGUUAGCUAGCUAAUUAGCCAAACAAACCCUGUAACGUUAGCUGGCUAGUAGUACAACAAGUAAAGUUAGCUGGCUAACUGACUGGUGAACUUUAUAGAAUGUCUGCUGUCGUCGUUAGCUAGCUAGCUGGCUGUGUGCUGAAAGCUCCCACUGAGUGGAAUCUAGCUAGAGAUCUAACGUUAGCUAGAUAACGUCACAUCGUCAUAUCUGGUUGGAAGUGUAAAGUUAAUGUUAUUCAACCUACACUACAGAUCCAACAAUGGUAAGGGACUGGGUUCGGCAUAGGACUCAAAAUAUGUGAUAAAGUGAUAAUGUGAUAAUGUAACUGCCAUUCAGAACCAUACAAAAUAUUCUGGUCAUUGACUGCCUUUGCCUUGUAUCUUACCUAACAUCAGUAACAGAGCCUUCACCCAAAGAUAAAGACCCAGACUGGUGACCUAAGAUGACCAGAGUAGGUCCCCUGCAGCAGCGUCCUCUAGCAGGGUGCAGUGACCCAGACAUUUGGCUGGUCCCCGCUAGCCUCCUGGGGUGCCCGGAAAUGGACCUGUCUCUCCCCCUCAGCCCAGACCCGCCAUGGCCCAACCCAGCUAGCCUGCUGAGAGGACGCAGCCACCGGCAGGUGCGAUUUGUCUCCGAGGUGCCUGUGGUUGACACGGUGAUAGCAGAGCCUAGCAAAGACCCUCCACCUUGGCAAUGCCCUGGACACUCCAGCAGUUACUCAAAGGGGAAAAGACUCCAUGGUGGAGAACUGCGUUGGAGGGCAAGGUCAGCAACCAAUGAGGAGGCUCCCUGUGAGGAGAGGGGUGGCAGCCUCCCUGAAGGGGCGGAGUUAAAUACUACUCUGGCUCUGAGGGCUGAGCUAGAUAACGUGGCAGGGGCAGAGUUUAAUUCCCAGAAGGCCGUGCAGGAGCAACUACAGAAGUCAGACAGAACCAAGAACAGCAUCAGCUCCCAGGCUACAGAGGGGGUGAACGUCCCUCCAUCCCAGCACCUCUACAGGGCAUUGGUCAGUGUGAAUGUGGAGGAGGAGGAGCUUAUCAGCCAGGCUUUACGUGACAGGCUUCAGCUGGUCUCGCCCACAUGCAGCCAUGGCAACAAGAAAGAGGACAGUCCUGACCUGCAGGUUUUCUUCAGGGGGGAUCUGCUGAGAGAGAAGCCCCUCCUACCAGGGGAGGAGAUUACCAUCCCACGCCCCCAGCCAAUACCACGCCCCGCAGACACAACCUUCGACCUCUACCACAGACACACAUGCUGGGAGGCUGGACCCUGACACACACACACUUACUCUGAACCUCUAGACUGAAAGGUUCUGUCCCAAAACUGAAGAAGAGCAUUAUCCCUUCUUUCCCUCCCUACCUCUGUCAUUCUCAGAUAUAAAUAUUAUAUUUUAAACUAAUUGAAGAUAUUAAAGGAAUGAACCUGUA